AUGACUGGAUUGUGUGACUGGCCGCCGAGACGAGAUGAGAGUGGGAUGCGGGACACGGGACACGCGGGUGCUGCGGUUUGGAUUUGUGGUUGGAUUUGUGUGUGGCCUGGGGAGGGGGCAGGCUCGAGUCCAAGCAACGCACGUCCAAACCUCGCUUGUGCUCAGUGCAGAGUCUUGUUUGAACGACAGACACACUGCAUUUGUCGAUGUCUCAACAAGCUGCAGUCUGCAGUCCACAGUCUGCACACCGCCACCCAUUAUCGGACAUCAUUCAAUUCACGGAAUUCCCAAUACGAAACGCGUCCAAGUUCAGUACAAUUAGCUCCCCAUGCCAGUGGGUACUGGUACAUGAUACGAUAUCGGGAUGAUGAUCCUUUCUUGGCUUUCAGUUCCAUAUCUCGCCUGGUAGCGAUCAAAUUUGCACAAAAAGAGUGGCCCUGUCGGACGGUGAUAAGUAUCGUGUAG